GAAAAAAAUACCCAGCAGCUGAGGAAAACAAGGAAGUGAAUACAGCCAGGGCCUGAGCCUCAAYUGUGAAGUGAAAGGUAGCAAGUUAGAGCACAGAGAGCAGGGCAGCUGUGCUAAGGAAGUGCUAGCUAGCUAACGUCAUCACUGGCUGUGCUCUCCGCAGYAGAGAGAGAAACAAAGAGUGACAGAAAGCGAACAAAACUGCAGAGCCUGCCUCACAGAUAUACCAGUGAGUACACAUUGGGAACCGAGCUUCACACGGGGUGUCCUUCACUUACCCCCCUACUCACCCUACUCAGACCCACUACAAUGACAGACCAAGGGGAACMCUGGAGAGGAAGUGGAGGACCUGAUGAGGACGAGCUACCGCAGAUGGAUGGGUCAUGUGAUGCGUGUGAGCCUGACGAGGCCCAGCCGGCGACCCAGGUGUGUCACACCUGCAGCUUCGCCUUCUGCCCUGCCCACGCCGAGAAACACGCMUGCAGCACACGACACCAGCUAAUGCCCUACGGCCAGGAAGUGUUGCAGCCCCAGUCCCAGUCCCAACGGCUGGGCAGGGACAGACACACAAGGGAGGGGGCAGGGGAGGAAAGGGUACAGGGAAUGAGGCCUGCGACAGAGCCAGGGGUGGUGGAAAAUGCGGCAUGCGGUGUGGCUGGGAUACAAGAGAACGGUGUGUGUGGAGGAGAGAGAGACCAGGGGAAGGGGAAGGUUGAUGAUGAAGAUGGCGAUGAAGAGGCAGAGGCGGCUCUAGAGGGGGUUAGUAAGAGGGACACAGUGACAGUGGAGAGGCUGCGCUGUAAGGAGCACGGCCAGGAGGGCACUCUCUAUUGCAAGGCUGACGAGAAGGUCAUCUGUGUGGUGUGUGCCGUGCAGGGGGAGCACCGUGAACAUGAGAUCAUCACCCUGCGCGAGGCCUACGUCUGGCAGAAGAGCAGGGAGGGUUACGACCUGCUGGGCUGCACACAGAACAUGGCUGACCACAUCAAGACCAAGUGGACCAACCCUGAGAUGUCUACAGAGCAGUUGGAGGCGUAUGUCAACAGUCAGUUUGAUGACCUCUAUCGGCUGGUUCGUCUGGAGGAGAAGAGGACCCUCCACCUGGUUGACCUGAAGGAAGCCUUCCUGACUGCCGCCGCCGCUGAGAAUAUCGCUGAGAUCACCAUCCACACCAGGCGGCUCCAGGAGGAGAUGGCCUGCAUCACACAGCAGCUGGGCCAGMUGGACCAGGCCGGGGCACAGCCUGGGGCCGCAAUAGCACCCCUAGUCCAGGGAGGAGCACCUAGCCCUUGCCCCAGACCAGCGCAGCGCAACAUUGAGGCCAGGCCAAGACUCCCUGAGCCGAGACGAGACCCCAGGGACUACGGAGAGGGCAGAUCCGGAUCCUCAAUGGGACACGCCCCCUGACAAAUCACCUCCCACUCCUCUCUCUCCUCCUACCUCUGUCCAGGAGACCAACACUAGAGAGAGUCUCCUUUCCUCUUCAUGUCUGCUGACGUUGGAGUGACCUUGAAGAAGGCUGCUGGUGGUGUAACAAAAUGGAUCUUAUUGCUUUCAGAACUUUUAAAACUACAAUAACUAUUUUAAUUGAGGAGCAUGACAUCCAUGCAAUCAAUUUCCGUCAGGCUCAGUUUUCACACCCAAUCAGAUCCUUGGCUGGUGAGCUUGGCUUAGAGAGGACUGUGGGUAGGAAWGCGUAGUGGCUGAGUGCCUGCUAAAACCCAGCUGAGGUCAGGAAUAGAACAUGAAAUCYUGAAUGUGACACGCUGUGCUUUACUUUAAUUUMUUUUGUAUAUUAUGUUUUGACAAGCAGUCUUGAAAAUAGAAAAGUUGACUGGUGACAGGACUUAGAUCAGAGGAGGAAUAUAGAAUGUACAGUACAAGGUGGGUGUUCCUGUUUUAUACUCUAAAGGGAUAUGUAUUACAGGUGUCUCAAAAAUCUUCCUUGACGUAUAAACACAACCUAGCACUCACCUCUCAUCUCCUCUCCUCUUCUUAUUCUACCUCUCCUUCAAAUUCUCCCCACACCCUCCUCUUGUGUGUGUGUUUGUCAGAUCCAUCAUCAGAUGAAGCAUUGACACAUUAUUAAUUUGUGAGAGCUGCGGAGUACAUGCUAGGUGAAAAUCAAAGUGUAUUUUGCCUGUAUGUAAUAGUCCUCUGUGCAGUGUCAGCAUUCUCUAAUACCACGCCUCAUUACCCCGAGACAAUCUGCACAGACAGUACAGUCCUGACUCCUGAUGACUAACUUCACGCAGUACUAUGUCAUACUCCAUCAUGUCUUUCAAUAUUCACAUACAGAGGGUGUGUGUGUGUGUGUGUGUUUUGUUUGUGAUAUGAUCUAGAGACGUCUUAAUGUUAAAGGAGAAGGUGACCGUUGACCUAAUCAAUAUGACUUGAGUUGUGAACAGGACUCAGCCCUACCCAAUGGAUCAUGUUAUUUUGUAGCAGUCAUAUAAUGAUUUCUAGAAAGAGAUGCAUUGAUUGUUUCUAUUCAGCAAUAAUGGUAAGAGUAAAGAGGGUGAAAGGAAAAUAUUCAAGACAAUAAUGUUUGACAAUGUUUUAAUUUUUGUUGUUGCCUUAAAUUAAUUAAUAAAUUAAAUUACAGAUAAUGGUUUCAGAA